AUGUUAAUCUAAAAGUAAUAUCAAUUAUAUUUUAGAACCAAAAUAAAGAAAAUUAUAUCUUAUUUCUGCAUCCAUUACCUUUACUAUAACUUAUUUGCAUUGUUAUUUGCUUUAUUCCAAUAUAAUCGAGCACCUUUUGCUGUACCAUUAGGAUUGAGCAUUGCAUUCGAAAUCUUCAUUUGUUAUUACUAUUCAAACAAACAAAUAGUCAAGAUGGUUGACCAUGUAUUACACAUUAUGGCAUACGUAAUUUCCACAAAUAUUACUCAAGAAUUUUGUUAUCAUCCUUUAUUACACUAACCUUCAAUAUUAUUUAUUCGGAAAUUUAUUCUUCCUUUUAUCAUUUGUUAUCAGAACUAAAGAAAGUUGCUCAUCUUAAAUAUAGCAUGAAUAUUCUUCAAUCAUAAGAUUUGUAAUAAUCAUAUACAUUAUAAAUAUAGUUAAAAACGUUUUAUAGAUUUUCAUCAUUGAUUGCAAGUGUUUGUAUUUCUUUAAAACUCAGCAAAUAUGUUGAAUGGACUUGGCCUUAAGCCUUCUGGUGGUAUUGGAUGUUUCUAAGUGCUUUAGUUGGUACCUGUUUUACUUUAAUUAUUGUACUUCUAUCAAAACUUAUUAAUGAAAUUUUCAAGCAAUAUCAGACAGUUCCUCAAGAAUGUAAAAUCUAUUUAUUUUUAGAUAAAUCUCUGUUAUGGGCUUUAUAUAUAUCAAUAAUAAGUAGUAUUCUUUCAGUAAUGUGGAUUAUUAAUACUUUUAAUAGAUUAGGAUUGGAUUUGCCAAUAAAAAUUGGUGAAGUCUUAUUUUAUUCAACAGUUUCUUUUAAUUUAAUUAUUUUUUGUGCUAUUACUAAAUUAUUAUGGGACUCUAUUAUAGAUUAUUGUGUCGAUUUAUUAUAAUCAUAAUCAACUGAUAUUGAAUCUUAAAGAGAAUUACCAACAAGUUAAAUCAGUUAGCAAAAAUAAUAUGAAAAAAGGAGGGCUAUUCAUUAAAUAUUUUUAAAAAAGCUAUCAUCUGCUUUUUUUAGAUAAACAACUAAAGAAGAUUUAAUUUAAUAAUCUAAUAAGAUGACAGAAUUGAUGACUGAAAGAGGACAAACAAAAAAAAUAUUAUCAACUGUAGAAAUGGAAUCUAAAUAAUUAUAAGAAAACUAAAAUAAAAUGAAUGAAUCUAAUUAGAAAUGUAUUAUAUGUUGUGAAAAUCCACCUAAUGCAGUUUUAAUGAUAUGUGGUCAUGGUGGAAUUUGUUAUAAAUGUGGAUUAGAAAUGGCUCAAAAAAGCAAAGAAUGUUUUUUAUGUAGACAAUAAAUUGUUUUUAUUUAUGAAAUCUCAAACUUUAAUGAUGAUCUUAUGAAAGUAAUAACCAUAACUAAAUUUAAUUACUGA